ACAUCAUUCGUUGUGCUGUAAUCGCGCUUCGACGGUGUCUGUGUAAGAAAGAACCUCGUUAAUAAAUUCUGUCUUGAUCUUUCUCGAGUAAUUAGGAAAGUGUUUGUAUAAUUUUGCCUCUUGAUUUCUGCAACCUUGCAACAUCGAUUUGUGUCAAAUCGAAGAGCACGUAACGAGUUUAGUUCAGUGUGUCAUAGUUCUCGUGACUCAAACUGACAUUGAAGGAAUCACAUGCUACUGAUAAAGUACGAUCGAUAGACCAUCAUAAAGAUAAAAUGAAUUUAGAGGAAUACCGCAAACAUGGGAAGGAAAUGGUGGAUUAUAUCGCCGAUUAUCUGGGAGACAUCCGUUCCCGACGAGUAUAUCCCGCGGUCUCGCCGGGAUACUUGAGAAAUGUCCUGCCGGCGUCGGCCCCGGUGGACGGCGAGCCCUGGGAGGAUAUAUUCGCCGACGUUGAGAAAUGCAUCAUGCCGGGUGUGACGCAUUGGCAGAGUCCGCACAUGCACGCCUACUUUCCGGCCCUGAAUUCACCUGCCAGUCUACUGGGCGACAUGCUGGCUGACGCAGUAAACUGCUUGGGAUUCACGUGGGCUUCCAGUCCAGCGUGUACCGAGUUAGAAACGAUCGUUAUGAAUUGGUUAGGCAAAAUGAUCGGUUUACCCGAAGAUUUCCUGCAUCGACCGGGCGGCUCCGGCGGCGGCGGCGUCAUACAAACAACAGCGUCAGAAGCCACGCUGGUGUGUCUGCUCGCAGCCAGAACCAGAGCUAUUAGAGCCGUGCAGGAGAACGAGCCUGACCGUUUGGCGACGGAGAUCAAUUCGCGACUAGUUGCGUACUGCUCGGAUCAGGCACAUUCUAGUGUGGAAAAAGCUGGACUUAUAGGACUAGUUCGAAUGCGAUAUAUUGAAUCUGAUAAUGAGUUAAGUAUGAGAGGAGAUGCUCUACUGGAGGCGCUAACACAUGAUCGAGCUGAAGGUCUGCUUCCUUUCUUUGUAUGUGCAACCUUAGGCACCACUGGUGCGUGUUCUUUCGACAAUCUCAAGGAAAUCGGACCGAUAUGUCAACAAAAUGGUUUAUGGUUACACGUCGAUGCGGCCUACGCUGGCAGCGCUUUCGUAUGUCCGGAAUUUCGCGGUUGGCUUCAAGGAGUGGAACUCACUGAUUCUAUUGCCUUCAAUCCGAGCAAAUGGCUUAUGGUCCAUUUCGAUUGUACAGCUAUGUGGGUAAAAAACAGUCAAGCGCUACACAGAACUUUUAAUGUUGAUCCGCUAUAUUUAAAGCAUGAAAAUUCAGGUCUUGCAAUUGACUAUAUGCACUGGCAAAUUCCUCUAUCUAAAAGAUUUCGGGCUUUAAAGCUGUGGUUCGUUAUCAGGAAUUACGGAAUUACUGGCUUGCAGAAACACAUACGAGAGGGCGUGAGGCUGGCACAGAAGUUCGAAGCUCUGGUCUUGGCCGAUGCCCGCUUCGAAAUUCCAGCUCUGAGGCAUCUCGGCAUGGUGGUCUUUCGUCUUCGCGGGGAGAACACCUUGACGGAACGUCUCCUAAAGAAGCUUAAUUCGCGCGGUCGAUUGCAUUGCGUGCCAGCAGCCUUGCACGGAAAAUAUGUUAUCAGAUUUACAGUUACCUCGACAAACACGACGAAUGAAGAUAUUCUAAGGGAUUGGGCAGAAAUACGAAGUACCGCUAAUGAAAUCUUGGGUGAUACCACCCGAUCACCUAUACGAGCUAGAGUUCCCCUCGCAGAUACGCGGCAGAAGAAUGAAAAUUUCGGAUCGAGCUUAUUAUUAGCCAAUUCACCAAUGUCGCCGAAAAUUGUAAAUGGUAGUUUUGCUGCCAUAUAUGACACGGCCGAUGUAUUUGAAGAAUGCAUGAAAACUUUUGGGAAAAUUCAUCUUGAGGCGAGAGAUAGUCCAGCCAUACGUCGUCGCAUUCGCGGAAUAUUAAUGUCAGGCAAGCAAUUUUCACUGGAUUCUCGCAUGGAUCUCGUUCAGGGAUACGUUUGCAGCCGUCCACUCUCGGAUUCUCCUUCCGAGUUACCAUUAAUGAAAGAAGACGAAGAUGCCGGUUUAUGCGAAUCAAUAUCCGACGCUGAUACGAUAGAUGAAUCUGACAACGAUAAAUCAGUUGUUUAUAAAAAUUGGGAGAACUCCGAUAAUUCCGAAACAAUUAAGAGGGAGCCAUCCGUCUCGAAGAGCGGCUCGAGUCAUAACGUGGCCAAUGGCUCGUUCGUCAAUGUCGAUGCUGAAGAUAAUAACGGCGACAAUACGGUAACGAUUGCUUCGGCCGAUGUGGGCUUCCCUAGAAGUGAAACCAUAGCUGCUAUUGGACAUCGACCUUAUACAGGCGAUCUGGUGCCGGUUCGAAUUUCAAAGGGGAUGUCAAUGAAAGGAAAUGAAGAGGACGAUGACAAGGGGAAGCAGCUCUGCAGAAAAUGCGGUCACUAUCCUAAACGUCAGUAACUAGUCCAAAAAUAUUACGUAUUCUUCAUACGUUGAAGAGCGUACGCACUCGAAGCCAUUCUUAUGUUUUCGCAAAUCUGUCAAUUGAAAAUUAUCUUUGCGAUUUGUCGUUAGCGCGUUAAGUGAAAUGCGUUAAGUGCGGAAUAGCAAAUAAAUUACGUCAUCUUGUUAAAUAUAUUUCAAAAAUUACGGACAUUAAAAAGUCGUAAAAUAAUACAAAAUUAUUGUAGA